CUGAGUUGUCAAAAAGUUGGCAAUUGGCAUUUCAUCUGUCCAUCUGUUUUAUUUUCUUCUACACCAUAUAGUUAUUUACUUUUCUUUACUAGUUGGAUAAUUUGAUGAUAACUUUACUGUAGUUGUAAUCGAAAUUUCCACAAAGGUGUGCGGUUCGAAGUAUUUUAGUGACAUAAUGGUGUAAAAUUUCGUCUACGCCUGACCAAACUAUAUUACAAAGAUAUGGAUAAAAUAAUGGAUUCACCCGUGGAUGGAAGUCCACUAUCAGAGGCUGAGGGCUUUGCGGAGAGCGAAACUGACUACUCGAGUAUAAGAGGAAAGAUGAUACUGGUAAGUCCAACAGCUGAUGAAUAUGACCUGCUCAGGAAACAGCUGCUAGAAAGGAUGGAAGCUGGAAAUGGAGAAAUUAUUUAUGAUAUUGGACAAGGGGAAGAUGGCAAAGGUUUGACGGAGGAUGAGUACAGUGCAUCUGUGGCAACACUUCAGUCGCUGGUUAGCGGAGAGAAAGUCUCGUGUGUGGAGCUGCGCCGCUGGGACUGCGGCACUGGCCUUGUCGGACAGUACUUGCUCCGGACUGAACUUGAUCAUACUGACUUUAUGGAGAUACGGGUUGCUGUGGUGGGUAAUGUUGACGCGGGCAAGUCGACACUGCUAGGCGUGUUGACGCACGGUGAACUGGACAACGGGCGAGGACACGCGCGACAGCGGCUCUUCCGGCACAAGCAUGAACUUGAGAGUGGUCGUACCAGCUCCGUCGGCAACGAUAUCCUCGGCUUCGACAGCAUGGGUAAUGUAGUGAACAAGCCGGACCAUGGUACACUGGACUGGGUAAAGAUCUGCGAGAAGUCGUCCAAAGUGAUAACGUUCAUCGACCUGGCAGGCCACGAGCGGUACCUCAAGACCACCGUCUUCGGAAUGACAGGACACGCGCCUGACUUUGGCAUGCUAAUGAUUGGAGCGAACGCUGGUAUCGUGGGCAUGACGAAGGAGCACCUCGGGCUGGCGCUGGCGCUGUCAGUGCCCGUGUUCGUUGUUGUCACCAAGAUUGACAUGUGCCCGCCGAAUGUGCUGCAGGAUAAUCUGAAGAUGCUGAUCAGGAUUCUGAAGUCGUCCGGAUGCCGGAAGGUGCCCGUCAUGGUUAAGACGAAGGAUGACGUCAUCGUCAGCGCCACCAACUUUGUAUCACAGAGGCUAUGUCCCAUAUUCCAAGUGUCGAAUGUGACCGGUGAGAACCUGCAGCUGCUGACGAUGUUCCUCAACCUGCUGAAGACGCGCAUGCCGGCGCACGACGACAAGCCGGCGGAGUUCCAGAUAGACGACACCUACUCCGUGCCCGGUGUGGGCACAGUGGUAUCGGGCACGACGCUGGCAGGCACCAUCCGGUUGAACGACACGCUGCUGCUGGGGCCGGACGCGCUGGGCAGGUUCGCGCCGGUCGCCGUGCGUGGAAUACACCGUAAGCGCAUGCCCGUGCCGGAGGUGCGAGGCGGACAGACUGCCAGCUUCGCGCUCAAGAAGAUAAAACGGUCCCAGAUUCGCAAGGGCAUGGUGAUGGUGUCUCCGGCGCUGAACCCGCAGGCGUGCUGGCAGUUCGAGGGGGAGAUCCUCGUACUGCACCACCCGACCACCAUUUCCUCCAGAUAUCAGGCCAUGGUGCACUGCGGCAGUAUCCGGCAGACGGCGUCGAUCCUGUCGAUGUCGCGCGACUGCCUGCGCACCGGCGACAAGGCGCUCGUGCGCUUCCGCUUCAUCAAGCACCCGGAGUACCUCAAGCACGGACAGCGCAUGGUGUUCCGCGAAGGGCGCACGAAGGCCGUGGGCAACGUGCUGCGUCCGGAGCCGGUGUCGGCGAGCCGCGCGCCGCCCGCCCGCCACAAGCACGACAUACACACGCACAACGCGCAGCGCAGGCACAACGAACACGACCCACAAGAGAAUGACACCGAUGUGACGGCUGCGGAUUCUCCUUUCGAAGUGCAGGCUGACAAGCGCGGCGCUGGCGGCGGCCGACGCCCGCGCAAGCGACACGACAAGCCCGGACAGCCCUCGCACUCCGCCGUGCCCGCCAACUGACACACACCUACCCCCACCCCCACCCCCACUACCAUACUAAACCCUAUCCUCAACGCUGAGGAAGCAUAAGCCAGACAUUGCUAAAGUUCAGCUAGAUUUAUCUAUACGUCUUGAAAUGUAUUUUGUCCAUAAGACAUCCUUAUAAGUAUUUUUAUUCCAUUUUAACAUAAUAAAAAUUUCGAUCCGCCUUUCAAAAGUGAAAUAUUAUUUAUUAAAUAAAUUUUCAAAUUAUAACAGCAAAAUUUUAAUGGCCGUCUAAACUCAGAGGAAUGAUAAUCUCUAAAAUAUUUUCCGAUUUAAAAUUGUUUGUCCAUUGAUCGAUUAAUUGAAGUAAUUAUUUUUUAAUAAUUACUAAAUUCGAGUAAAAACUCCAUUGCAGUUGUCUGGCGAAGUUGUAAAGUCUAUUGUAAGUACAAGGCCGUAGUUUGCUGUUUAGUUGUAGGCGUGGUGACACAUUUUUGUCUACUUUUACAUAUUAAUAUAGGGCACUCAUAUUUUUAUAGUCUAAAUUUUUUCCUUUUUUCGAUCAGAUUGCACCAUAUUUUAUCUAAAAUUAGUAUAAUGGUAUAUUUUCUACUUAUUUUUGUGUCUGUACAUUUACAGUACGUCAUAUUUACAUACAAAAUUGAUAGUUUGUCGCUAGUAAAUUUAGCUCAAACAUUUUAUUCGAUUACUAGAAGUAGGUCCAAAUUUUCAAGUAUUUUUGAAAUAUUAACAAUAAGUUUACAAUUUUUAUAUUUUCAAUGUAUUUGAAAAAUUAUAUAACAUUGUUUCUAGCAUAUCAGUGUGUUGUGAAGUGAAGAAUCUGUUUUGUUUAAUUUUUAUUAA